UUUGCGUAAAUCAGCGGUCGACAGAAUAGCUGAGGGACCGACGAAUGCUGUUUUUGAAGCAGAUAUGUUGCGGUCGUCAGCUAUGGAAAUGCUCUACGGCGAAGACCGGCUUGACAACGCAAGUAAAAUAGGGGGCGCACAAGUGGUCACGGCUGAUGGUGAGCGGAUGGGAGAUAGUAAAGCCUCGAAAAUCCCUCCAUCGUCAUCACCUUCGAAGGUGUCGGCCUUAACACUGCAGACAUCCCCUGCUAGGCUCUCCUCACUAGCAGUAAAACCGAUUGCGCUAAGUGAACGCUCGGUGUCCGAGCAUAGGGAUCAAGACUUCUCCCCAGGAGCGAGCGAGGGAUCAAAGAUAUCGAGGAAAAGCAAUGACGGUGGUUCUGCAGGGAAGCAGGACUUAAAGCUGGACGACGCGGAAUCUCCGAUAGUAGAGGAGUUCAUUAUGCGCACUAGCGGUGUCGGCACCUUUUUACCCGAAAAACCACCUAAGACUGGAGAAGGCCAUGAAGCGGCACCGGAGGAAGAUGAUGCAGUCGUCGAAUUCCUGCGUAGAUCUGUGCCAGGCCCAGAGAAUCGUCCUGCAGAACAAAAAAUAACUUCGAUCGACAACACAUCGACGAAUCUUGCCGAUGAAAGCGCUGCACUUCCACCAACAAGCGAACGAAAGAAGUCUCUCUCGAGUAUGCCGCUGGACGAAUUGGAGCGGCGAUUAGAGAUAAUGCAGGAAAUACUGCAGGAUACAGCUGCAAACUUUCGCCUGACUGCAGCUGAGAGACAGUCUAUCGAAGACAGUCUCCUGGACACCGAGAGUAGGAUCAGCGAAGAAGUGACGUUGAAAUCAAAUUAUAAUGGAAAUGGUGAAGAAAAAUUGGCAAAUGUGGAGGAGGAGACUUGGGGCUCGAAAUUUGACGAGGAGAUUCCGACGUCAAGAAAAGUUGAGCAGAAUACUACCUCAUUUCAAAACGUUCCGGCUGCGAGCCCACGAAACAUCCAAGCUACGAGCUCAAAACAAGUCGAGGCUACGAGCUCAAAAUAUGGCGAGGCCACAAACUCGAAGAGCUUGGAGGCGUCUAGCUCAAAAAACCUGGAGGCGUCCGGCCCGAAGAACGUGGCGUCUUCUAGUUCGAAGACCUCUACUUCCAAAACCCGUGAAUUUAGGAUCGCUGCUGUUGGCAGCGGAGGUGCUGUAGAUCGAUACAUGUCGCGGAACAUAAUGGAACUACUACAACUGAAGCCACAAACAAGUUCAGAGUCGUCGAGUAAGACAACAGAAAAUCAGCAACCACUACCUGUCAACAACACUGCAAGCACCACAGCGAUGCAUCAAACAAACAAUAUUCCUAGUAGUCUAGAUGGUAGUAGAGCUGGCUCGGUGAUAGCGCGACAGCGGUACUCAUCACCCGCGGCGAAACCGCUUUCCGAGUUUCGCCCGAGUCAGCCGCCACCAGCCCCACCAGGUCGGAUCUCAUUGCGAACCCAGUUGCCAAACGCAGGAGGAAAUCGCAAUGCGCCAGGUAAGAUUUCUGUGCGAGGUCGUUGCACGGAACAGGAAGUUACAACUACUACCGCAGAAGUGUUCCAAGACUUUCCGGCGUCUUCGUCUGCCUCCAUGUUUGGAGACCAGGCUCGUCAGACUUCUUCUACCAUGAUGGGUGCUUCUGCAGUGGGAUCACUGCGUGUCCACCGAUCUAUGCUGCAGGCGCAAGGUUUUGCCGGGUUAGAGUCUGAACAGGUGCAGAUGGCCGAUCCCCAGCGUGGUCCAAGAGGAACUCAGACAGCACAAAGUCCGAGUCCCAGUCCAAUCGCACCGAAUGAGAAACCAAGCUUCGUGGAUGUCGUGGACGGGAGUUUUGAUGUGAGUCUUCUUCUCGCUUCGUCGCCUCACGCAAAUCCUACGCAGGCAGUUGGAGAUGGAGAUACAACAACGACGAGUCCGAUUCGACGGAUGGGAGACCUGGACGCAACGGCGGGUCCACAGAAAUACAAGCAGCAACUACCGUAUGGACGUCAAUAUGACCGUGACUUUCUAGGAGACAUGCGCCAUCCGCGCGGGAGCUACCGUGCGCCAGUGCAGCGUGACUCGUCGAAACGGCAG